AUUCAGCUCCGUCGAACCGUCUGCCUGAAGUAGCGAAUUAUUUUUUGUUUUUUUUAAUUUAAAAUGCAUUAAGAGUGUGUUUGUCUUUAGACUUGACGAAAUUACAGUGUCUCGACUUGUACCGUGUAGCCGACAUGGACGAAUACGACGAGCUGUUCGGGAGAGAGGACGACUUCGAGGAGCAGUUCGCCGACGAACUGGAAGUUUUGGCUCAGAUGGAGGGGGAGUCUUCCAAGCCGGUGAGACGUCAGUGUCAGGGUCCAGGAGAUGACAUUUCAGACAUAGAGCACCUGCUGGACGGUCAGCCCAUCACUCCAAAGGCAAAACGGCAGAAGCAGGACACAGGCGUGGCCAAGCAGCUAUUCAGCACAUCACAAACUCAAGAGAGCAUAGCCCCGUCGCAGAGUGCUGACAUCACACCUCCGUCCUCUCCAGAGCAGUUUGAACCCUCUCACACCGUCAGGUCUAGUCUUGCUGUGUUGGAUAUCAGUGGCUUUGCUACGAUCCCAGAGACGCCCAGGCGACGUCCCAGAGCGUUGCAAACAUCUCAGUGCGUGCUGAAGCGACCUCCUUUAGAGGGAGACUACAUCAGUGUGACCGACUCAUCAGGGAGUCGGGUCUACCUGCGGCAGAAGGAAGACACAGGAACGAAGGUGGUGGACUCCAGAGUGGAACCAAACUCCGAGGGUGCACUGGGGCUGCUGGCAGUGCCAGUAAGUGUGCUGAGAGAGCAAGAAGCAGAGAGGCGUCAUCAGCAAGUUGUGGAGGAAUCUCAGCGCCUCACAGAGCUGCUGGCCAGCAGUGUGAACGAUGUGUUAGUUGAACCCGAGAGCAGAGAGGAUGAAGAGGACGAUGAUGCUGCGGACACAGAGGGCCGAACCUCACGCCUCUGGGUGGACAGAUUUUCGCCCCGACACUACACAGAGCUUCUCAGCGAUGAUUUUACCAACCGCUGUCUGCUCAAGUGGUUGAAACUUUGGGACACCGUUGUGUUCGGAAGAGAGAGGAAGUCCCGCCCGGCACGCUCCGACAGACAGGCUCCCAACCAACACUCAGCCAAACCCAAUCAAGGCUACCAGAAUGCGAAUCGCUUCAAGAGCAAGAUUGAGAUGACUGAGGAGCUACUGGAGGCUGAGCUGGACCAGUACAAAAGACCCAAAUUUAAGGUGGCAUUGUUGUCUGGUCCUCCAGGCCUUGGGAAGACCACCUUGGCUCAUGUUAUCGCCAAGCAUGCUGGGUACAAUGUGGUGGAAAUCAAUACGAAGAAGAAGAAGAAGAAGAAGGAGUCCAUCCUGCUUCGACCAAUCAUCUGCAUCUGUAAUGACCUUUAUGUUUCAGCUCUCAGACCUCUCAGGCAGCAGGCCUUCCUCCUGUCUUUCCCUCAGACUCAGCCUUCCCGCCUUGCACAGAGACUGGCAGAGAUUUCACUCCGGCAGGGGAUGAAGGCGGACACAGGCACUCUGAUGUUAUUGUGUGAGAAGACAGACAACGACAUCAGGUCUUGUAUCAACACACUACAGUUCCUCCAGGGUCGUGGCCACAAGCAGCUGGACACCAAGACAAUCCAGUGUGUCUCUGUGGGACAAAAGGACCAGAACAAAGGCUUGUUCCAUCUGUGGCAGGAGAUCUUCCAGUUACCUCGUACAAAACGGAAACGAAUUGGUGAGGGGUUUGAGGAGGCGCCGGGCUCAGGAGGUGGAGCUCAGCGGUUUCAGCACAUUCUACACUUGGCUUCAUCUAGUGGAGAGUAUGAAAAGGUUUCUCAGGGUCUGUAUGAUAACUAUUUGUCCAUGCGUGUGAGGGACCCCAACCUGCAGGGUGUGUGUGAGGCUCUGGAUUGGCUGUCGUUCUCAGACAGGCUGAACCAAGUGAUUCUGCACGGCCAGAACUUCUCCCUGAUGAAAUACCUGCCCUUCCUGUCCGUCACAUUCCACUUCUUGUUUGCCCACACACAUGUGCCCCGCAUCAGCUAUCCCCACAGCCAGCACGAGGCCGCCUCCCGUCUCCUCAGCAGCCGGAACGCCUUGUCCUCCAUGUUGGCUGAAAUCCCGGCAUGCAUCAGAACCAGGAUCAGCCAGCUCAGCCUGUCGCUGGAUAUUCUCACACUGCUCCUCAACAUCAUCUGUCCCAAACUACGGCCUGUAAAUCCGCAGCUGUUCAGCAGCAGAGAGAAGGAGCAGAUGCGUGACCUGAUCGACACCAUGCUGGCCUACAACCUCUCCUACAGGCAGGACCGCACACCUGAGGGACAGUACACAUACGUGCUGGAGCCGCGUGUUGAGGAGGUGGUGAGGUUUCCUGGCCUGCCCCCACAUCGCCAGCUAACGUAUCAGGCCAAACAAACCAUCAGCAGAGAGAUGGAGCAAGAGAGGAUGAGGAGAGCUGAGCAACUGAUGCUGCAGCGUAACCCUGUAGUGAGAGAGGAAGAAAAAAAGAGCGCUUGUCCUAAACCAACCAGGAACCAUCAGCAGAGGCUGGAGAACAUUGUCAAACAGACCACAGUGGAGAGCAGGCCGGAGGUGGAUUUCUUCGGCCGAGCUAUUGCCCCCAAACCUCAGAGGCCGCAGCCGUCCUCAGAUACAGGUGAGAAGUGUGUAGUUCUUGCUAUGGGAACAGCAGUUGGCAACAGUGACGUGUGGUUCCGGUUCAACGAAGGCAUGUCCAACGCUGUCAGACGAAAUGUCUACAUCAGAGAACUACUGUAACACACACACACACACACACAUACACAUAACUGCUCCACUUUCAGCUGUAUAUCUUUUACCUGUGUUGCAUGUAAGCGUCAGAAUCAAUCCAAAAUGCAUCUGUUAAAUUCAAAACAGUCUUUAUUUUGAUUGACAGUGUAAAGAGCCAAUAAAAACGUUGUGUUGUUGAA